AACGUGCGCAUGCGUGCCUUUCCCUGUGGCUCGGGGCUGGGAACAGAAGUUUACUGAUCAGAGAGGUCCCUGAGAGGCCGCGCUGCUCCUUCUCCCACAUUCACUGGGGAGACUUGCUGUGCAAGUGCAAUUGCAGGCGGUUCGGGAGCACACACCCCAGACCUGCCGCCCGCUGCUUCUGUGCCUCUGCAUCUGCUACCGUGGGCCCCAAGUUCCAGCGACUUCUCCUGUCCCACACUCUCCGCUUUGCUCCCUGUGUGUCCUGAAGGAAGGGGACGUGCUCCCGAGAUUUUCCACGGUAAUGACAGCAUUUGAAGACCUGGCUGUGUACUUUACAUGGGAGGAAUGGCAGAAAAUGAACAAUGCUCAGAAAAUCCUGUACAGAGAUGUGAUGCUGGAGACCUACAGCAGCCUGUUCUCCUUGGGGCACUGCAUUACCAAACCUGACUUGAUCUUCAAGUUGGAGCGAGGAGAAGAGCCAUGGAUCGUGGAUGAAUGCUUGAAUCAGAGCCUUUCAGUGGUCAUGAAAAGGGAUGACCUGAUUAGGAUCAACCAGGAAAGUCAGGACAAAAGUCUGAAUCAGGAUUUUAUGAAAAAUAACAAGACAUCAGCUCUCAAGAGAAUUGAAUUAAGAAAAACACUUAGUUUAAAUUCAAGCCAUGUUCCAACACUGAUUAUUAAAAAGGGAAUCUAUUCAGGAUUGAAGCUUGAGGAAUGCAAUAAAUGUCACACUGUGUAUCCCCCCAGUGGGCCUGAUCAACUACAGGCUGGAGAGAAAUUUGAUAACACUAAGAUACCUGGAAAAUCUCUCCAGUUCUGUGAGCCUCUUAGUCAGCUUGACAAUAUUCACAUCAUGAAGCAGCCAUUUGGACCCACUGGACAAGAAAAAGUCUUCACAAGAAAGAUGUUCUGUAAAUCUGAGAGGGUUCAUAUGGCAGAAAACCAUAAUAAGUCAACUGUCACUUUUGGAAAAGCAACGCAAAUAGAAAAAGCUAUCCAUGAAAAUUCUAGCCUCAAUAUGCAUCAACAAACUCACACAAGAAAGAAAUUUUAUAAGUACAUUAUGUAUGUUGAACCUGUCAUUCACCAGUCACAUCUUGCAAUAAACCAGAAACUAAAUACAAGGGAAAAACUUUACACAUGUAAACCUUGUGGAAAAUCACUCAGUUUUAAUUCACCUUCUGAAUGUAAUGACUGUGGAAAAGCCUUUAGACAAAAUUCAGUCCUCAGGAAACAUCAGCAAAUUCACACAGGGGAGAAACCUCAUGAAUGUAGUGACUGUAGAAAAGCCUUUACACAGAAGUCAUACCUCAUAAACCAUCAGCGAAUUCACACAGGAGAGAAACUUUAUAAAUGCCUUCAAUGUGGAAAAGGCUUUCUGUGGAAGUCAGACCUCAUAGUACACCAGAGAAUUCACACAGGGGAGAAACCUCAUAAAUGUAAUGAAUGUGGAAAAGCCUUUGGACACAAGUCAUCCCUCCUCAUACACCAGCGAAUUCACACAGGGGAGAAACCUCAUAAAUGUAAUGACUGUGGAAAAGCCUUUGGACGCAAGUCAUCCCUCCUCAUACACCAGCGAAUUCACACAGGGGAGAAACCUCAUAAAUGUAAUGACUGUGGAAAACUGAAAGAGUAUGCUGGAGAAAACUAA